UCUGUUGAUGACGCACGGACAGGGAUAACAACUAAAAUAAAAACACAGCUAGCUAAUCAACUUGAAUUAUCAAAGAAUGUCUCAAAUACAGUUGUUGAGGGUUUUUCUGAACGAUAGAUUAACAGCUGCUGCUGAGGAGAUAUUUGGGGUCGUUGAAAAAACGGUAGCAGAGUAUCAGGAGGAAGUUGUCCGUCUACAGAGGCUGCUCGACAUUGUUCUUCAACCUGAGAUAAACCUACACAGAGCAGACCGCCAGCAGUGUACUCUUUCUUUCUCUGAAGAUGAGGUUCCCCCUGAGCAGCAGCAGUGUGAGCAGGAGUGGAGCCCCAGUCUGGGACAGGAGGACCCAGAGCCCAUACAGAUUAAAGAGGAACAGGAGGAACUCAGGACCAGUCAGGAGGAACAGCCGCUUAAAGGGCUUGAGGCAGAGACCAUAGAGUUCAUAUUCAAUCCUGUCUGUGUGAAAAGUGACCGUGAUGAAGACCCAACUCAGCCCUCACAUCUCUAUCAAGCCCAAAAGGAGGGAAACGGAGAGAGAGACACUCUACCUAGUACUACAACUGAAAAGAUCAAAACAGAACCUGAUGGAGACAUCUAUGUAGAAUCAGAACCAACCAGUGUCUCUCAGCCUUUCUCUACAGUAAAUCCAGACUGUUCUACAGCUCAGAGUGAAAACAGUCAAAGUGUCAGUGGUAUGGAGACUGGAGGACCUCAAUCAGGUUUUAAGUCAGUCAAAUCAAAGAGAACAAAGAUGAUAAAAGGACAAAGCUCCUGUGUCAAGAAAUCUACACAGUUGACCCUCCUGAAAUCACCCAGUCAAAGUCAUGAUACUCCCUGUUGUUGUAAGGUGUGUGACAAGUCUUUUCAUCACAUGGGUUCAUUACUUAAACACGUGAAAACUCAUAGAAAGGAUAAAGAAGGUAUUUGUGGUGUGUGUGGAAAAUGUAUGGAGUUCACAGAAAGUAUGAAAGAUCACCUCCAAACCCACAUUGCAGCUAGAUUUUGUUGUGAUGUUUGUAGUAAAUGGUUCAGCACAAACAGUAAGCUGACAGUGCACAUGAGGAGCCACACAGGGGAGAAACCUUUUUCCUGCCCUGUUUGUGGUACAUGCUUCAUGCAGAAUGGAGGUCUGAAAAUACACAUGAGAAUCCACACAGGGGAAAAGCCAUAUCGUUGUUAUUGUUGUGGACAAGGAUUCAGCACUGGCAGUGCUAUGAAAAGGCACAUUAGGAUUCACACAGGGGAGAAGCCAUUUUGCUGCCCUGAUUGUGGCAAAUCAUUCACUCGUAAGGGACAUCUAAAAAUACACAUGAUGACCCACACAGGGGAGAAACCACAUAGCUGUCCUGAUUGUGGCAAAGGGUUCAGCAUUGCCAGUAAUCUGUCAGUGCACAUGAGGAGGAUUCACACAGGAGAGAAAAGUCAAGGGAUUCAGCACUGGCACCAAUCUGAAAGUGCACAUGAGGAAUCACAGGGGAGAGACCAUACUGAUGUCCUUAUAGUAAAAGAUUAAUUUUCCAAUCGGGUACAUUGAAAAGCAAUAGGCACCAUCUAUGGCCACCAGACUAUAUCCAGCUGAUCUGUCAUUAAACCAUCAAUAUGCAUUAAAAUCACCCGUACAGCUGAUCUCAAUCGCAACCAUCGUUGGCCACCGAUUUACCGCUCCUUAACGCAGAUGUCAGCUUAUCUUUUAGUCCUGAUUGCAACCAACAUUUUUCAAGAUGAUUUUGCCCAAUGGCGGGUAUUAUCAUCGUAACAAUAUAGUCAAUUUAAAAUUGCAGGAUUAAGGGACAUUUAUCUAUUUGACAAUAUUUCCGUACAACUGAUUUCCUCGUUUACCAAGGCAAAUCUACAAUGCAAUGUAGCUUACCCUACACAUUUUAUGAAUUGAAAAAUCAUGGUGUAGGAGUAUUUAUUUGUUUCCAAUUGAUGUAAUCAAUUAAUGGUUUUACUUGUCUUAAUAGAAUAUGACUAUUUCUGACUAGGCGGGGGAAAUAUAUAUUCCUUAAAGGGGACAUUUUUUUACAACCAAAACUCUAUUUUUGGUGUAAAUAGCAUGUUAUAGAAAUUAUUGCAACCAAUAGAAUGUUAUGUACAGUACCAGUCAAAAGUUUGGACACAGCUACU